CAGGUUUUUGUAUCUUGCUUCAUUUCAUUCUUCUUAAGCGAAAGAGGGGUGAGGAGAGGACCUGACCAACCUGAUGCGCACUUUUUUAUUAGAUCCAGUUGUCAAAAGUCAACAUCACUGCCAUGGUCGUGGUCUCAGACACAUUUGCUCACAUUAAAAUAAUUAAAACAAACUGCCUAAUGGAUUUAAAUCAGUCUCGCUUUUAUUUUUAAUACCGAUCACGUUUGCCGCAUUGCUAUAAUGAUGGAACGUUUGAUAAGCACGUUAGUGGGCAGUCUGAGCAGACCUCCGUUUAAUUUUUAAUAUAAUGGCUGUAAAUAUAGAAUGAAUAUGUGUUCAAAUGUGCUCACGUCAAUUAGAAAAUCAGUAACUUUGUCAUAGGCGUGUUGCGUUCAAUAUAAUGUCGUGUAUCGGGAGGUUUUGAUGUAUGAAACGGCGAUUAACGUUGGGUUUUUUUUAUCUGCGGUCAUUGCACCCAUGUAUGUGGUACCUGGAGCGACCUCUGCUGGCACAAACACGGAUUACUAGCAAUACUGGUAAUAAAAAUAAGUGAAACUAGUUUUUUACGGCGUAUAGUUCACGUUUGAGAUCACUUCGGAUACACAAUAUAUUGAUUCUCAAAUAGUCUUUACUUCUUCCCGGGUAUAAUAAUCUAAUUGUUGCUUCUUUACAUAUUUUACUUACUGUUAAAGCCAAUUGAAACAAGGGUAUUAUAUAAUGUGCUGGAUCUUAGCCAACAUUUUUUGUGGUCCCUGUGCAGUAGCCAUAGAAUCAGGAUUCAGGAAGGGAUAUCUGUAGGGUGGGCCACAUGCUUAUUACAAAGACGAACAAAACUUUGUAACUUAAUGUGUUACUGCAAAAUUAUUCGUUAUUUUCAACAGCAACUUCUUGGACACGUCACACUGAUUUCCACUGAAUGUGAAGAAAACUAGUUGUAAUUGUAGUCUUUGCUCUGUGUUAUGAAAAAAAUGUUAGCUCCUAAAGAGUCCUUUCCUUAAACCUUAAUUUGAACACAGUGCUAAAUAAGAAAAGAGUAUAAACAAAGUUGGGACAGUGCGUUGCGAAAGGGAAGGUUCUUUACAGUAACGGGAAACAAUGGUUCCUUUGGUGAAGAGCAAACACAGCUGACCACAGAGUCAGGUCAGAUCCUGUUGUGUUGAAAGUUCUCACGUCUUAUCCAGGGAAGAGAUAAUUGGAUAAAGGGAUAUAAGGUAUGGCUGUCCUAUUUUCCUUAUCUCAGUGUUGUGUGCAACCUCACCUUUAAGGAAGGUUCCAGAAUAUCCUCUCACGAUAGUGUAUUACUCUGCAUCCACUGUGUACACCGUGUCCCCCAGACGGUGAGACACCAUGAGCAUGCUGAAGCUGAUGGUGUAAGAGCCUUUAAGGGUGAGCACCACAUCACCCCCUGCAGGAAACGUAAAUAGUUGUUGGCGACGUGAGCUGAGGAUGGUCUGUCCUGCACGUUCGCAGCCUGCAGUACAUUUUCCCAGACAGUGGUUGCCAUGGUGAUGCACACUGAGUCACUGCAAAGAGAAGUAUCAUCAGUGAUCCAUUUAUGAAGGGAAAUACUGAAGAGACACAGAGGGAGAGAGCUGAAACAGGAACUAACGAUGUCCACCAAGGAGAAGCUGAUUGAAAGCGUGGUGAAAGAUGUUCCAGUUGAAAGCAGGAGCAAGGUGACCGUGGUGGGCGUUGGCAUGGUCGGCAUGGCCUCUGCCAUGAGUGUACUGCUACAGGGCCUGUGUGAUGAGCUGGCCCUGGUGGAUGUGAUGGAGGACAAGCUGAAGGGUGAGGCCAUGGACCUGCAACACGGAUCUCUCUUCCUGAAGACACACAAGAUCGUAGCUGACAAAGACUACAGUGUGACGGCCAACUCCAAGGUGGUGGUGGUGACCGCCGGUGCUCGUCAGCAGGAGGGCGAAAGCCGCCUCAACCUUGUGCAGCGUAACGUCAACAUCUUCAAGUUCAUCAUCCCCAACAUUGUCAAGUACAGCCCCAACUGCAUCCUGAUGGUGGUGUCCAACCCAGUGGACAUCCUCACCUAUGUUGCCUGGAAACUGAGUGGUUUUCCCCGUCACAGAGUGAUUGGCUCUGGCACCAACCUGGACUCUGCCCGUUUCCGUCACCUCAUGGGAGAAAAGCUCCACCUCCAUCCUUCCAGCUGCCACGGUUGGAUCGUUGGGGAGCAUGGAGACUCUAGUGUGCCUGUGUGGAGCGGUGUCAAUGUUGCUGGGGUUUCCCUGCAGAGCCUCAAUCCAAACAUUGGGACUGAGAGUGACAGUGAGAAAUGGAAGGAUGUUCACAAGAAGGUUGUUGAUGGAGCUUAUGAGGUCAUCAAGUUGAAGGGCUACACCUCCUGGGCUAUUGGCAUGUCUGUGGCUAAUCUGGUGGAGACCAUUGUCAAGAACAUGCGCAGAGUCCACCCUGUGUCCACACUGGUGAAGGGCAUGUAUGGCAUUAAAGACGAGGUCUUCCUGAGCGUCCCCUGUGUCCUGGGCAACAGUGGCCUGACAGAUGUAGUCCACAUGACACUGAAGUCCGAUGAGGAGCAGCAGCUGGUGAAGAGCGCCGAGACCCUGUGGUCCGUACAGAAGGAUCUUACCAUGUGAAGAGAGAUCCUCCCUGGAACAACGCCAAGGACUGUGGUGGUCGCCUUCCCGCCGCGCUGCACCUUCUGUGUCCCUCACCACCACAACGGAUAGUCGAGAUCUUUAAGUGUAAAAGAAAAAAAAAAGGCCAAGUGUUUGUAGCUAAAUCAAAGAAAGCUUUGUUUUGGUUUCAGAUGGACGGUUGUUCUCCAGUAUUGUCUCUCACCUCUGCUUUCCUCGCUGUAAAACCUCACUUAACAGAAACAACAAAUAUCUCUAGCAUCUGUACUCGGCCUUUACUAGAGGUAAACAUUAUCUCCUUGUGUCGUCCUGUCUCUUGGGCCUCCGCUAGUAAGUGUCUACUGCUGUGUUCCACUGUAUAACAUUGUACUGAUACUGUCAUUGUACUGUUACUGCUGUGCACUCCGUCCUCCUACCCCUGUUGCGUACUAUCUGUAACCUGAUUGUUACCAGUUGUGAUUUUCACUUGGUAAACUCCUUGAUUUUUUUUUUGACAGUGGAGACAUUCCAUUCUCUACUAGGAAGGCUUCCUACCUACCUAGAGUCAUAGCUGCGUUGCUGUAAAUACAGUUUAAACAUUGGGCCAAACUCCAGUGAUACCAAAGUAUUUUAUCACUCUAAAAAAACACGUGUAGCAACGCUGAGCAAUGUAGUGGUCAACACAGAAGCCUUUACAGACAACCAAACCACAAGUGCACUGAUAAAAAGAAAUGAAAUAUUAUUCAAAGGGAAAACUGCUCCUAGGAUUGGUCACACCGGAAAGGUGAUGUUGAGUUCAGCUCAUGAAUUGUAGAUUACAUGAAGAGUGUGUGGCUACUUGACACUCCACUAAUCCCCUCAAAGAAUUUAUAUUUAUUUUACUGACUCUUUAAAGGAAAAAAAAAUUAAGAAAAUAGUCCUAUUUAUAUCCACCUUUACUCAUAAAAUCUAUUUAUGUACCGUUACAAAGUUAGAUGUGGUUGAUUAAUUACCUACUCGUACUCAUGAUCAUGGCAGCAAGGUGUGGAGACUUUAUUUGCCAUAACAUCUAAUAAACCUGCCAGGAUGAUGAUGAUGAAA